AUGUGGUUCCUCGCUCUGGUCCUGGGCUCCCUCGUCACUUUCACAGCUUGGGGGCACCCACCUUCGCCCCCGGUGGUGGACACCGCGCAGGGCCAGGUCCUGGGGAAGUAUGUCAGCCUAGAAGGAUUCGCACAGCCCGUGGCCGUUUUCCUGGGAGUCCCCUUUGCCAAGCCGCCGCUCGGACCCCUGAGGUUUGCUCCUCCGCAGCCUGCAGAGCCAUGGACCUUCGUGAAGAACACCACCACCUACCCGCCUAUGUGCUCCCAAGACGCCGUGUCAGGCCAGGUUCUCUCGGAGCUCUUUACCAACAGAAAGGAGAACAUUCCUCUCAAGUUCUCCGAGGACUGCCUCUACCUAAACGUCUACACGCCCGCCGACUUGAGGAGGAAGAGCAGGCUGCCGGUGAUGGUGUGGAUCCACGGAGGUGGUCUGGUGGUGGGCGGGGCGUCCACCUAUGACGGGCUGGCCCUCUCUGCCCAUGAGAACGUGGUGGUGGUGACCAUUCAGUACCGCCUGGGCCUCUGGGGAUUCUUCAGCACAGGGGACGAGCACUGUCCGGGGAACUGGGGCCACUUAGACCAGCUGGCCGCGCUGCGCUGGGUCCAGGAGAACAUUGCCAGCUUUGGAGGGGACCCAGGCUCGGUGACCAUCUUCGGAGAGUCAGCGGGAGGGGAAAGUGUCUCUGUUCUUGUGUUAUCUCCCCUGGCCAAGAAUCUCUUCCACCGGGCCAUCUCUGAGAGUGGUGUGUCCCUCAUUGCUUCCCUGGCCAAGAAAGACAUGAAGGCCACAGCUCAGCAAAUCGCUGCCUUUGCCGGCUGUAAAACCACCACCUCGGCGGGCCUGGUGCACUGCCUGCGCCAGAAGUCGGAGGACGAGCUCCUGGAGACGUCGCUGAGGAUGAAUUUUUUCAGCCUUGAUUUACAUGGAGACCCCCGAGAGAGCCAUCCCUUCAUGACCUCUGUGGUUGAUGGAGUGCUGCUGCCGAAGAUGCCGGAGGAGCUUCUAGCUGAAAAGCAGUUCAACUCCGUUCCGUACAUCGUCGGAAUCAACCAGCAAGAGUUCGGCUGGAUUAUUCCAUUGAUGAUGGGUUACCCGAUCUCUGAAGGCAAGCUGGACCAGAAGACAGCCACGUCACUCUUGUGGAAGUCUUAUCCCGUCACUAACAUCCCUGAGGCACUGACUCCAGCGGUCAUUGAGAAGUAUUUAGGAGGGACCGACGACCCUGUCAAAAAGAAAGACCAGUUCUUGGCGUUGCUGGGAGACGUGGUAUUUGGUGUCCCAGCUGUGACUGUGGCCCGUGGCCACAGAGAUGCCGGCGCCCCCACCUACAUGUAUGAGUUUCGGUAUCGCCCAAGCUUCUCGUCAGACACGAGGCCCAAGACGGUGGUAGGGGACCACGGGGAUGAGAUCUUCUCAGUCUUCGGGGCUCCAUUUUUAAAAGACGGCGCCUCAGAAGAGGAGAUCAAACUCAGCAAGAUGAUGAUGAGAUUCUGGGCCAACUUCGCUCGGAAUGGGAACCCCAACGGGGAGGGGCUGCCCCAUUGGCCCGUGUAUGACCAGCAGGAAGGGUACCUGCAGAUCGGCGCCACCACCCAGGCAGCCCAGAAGCUGAAAGAUGAGGAAGUGGCGUUCUUCACCGAGCUCCUUGCCGAGGACACAGCCAGGAAGUCACCCCAAACAGAGCGUAUUGAGCUGUGAAGGGGAGGCCCAUCCAGCCUCCACGAUCUGGGGGAACUUAGGGGUCAUUCCACAGAAGGUGUUUAUGGCCGAAAAGGUGCCUUAGUGCCUGGUGGGAGUGGGCGGAGACCACGGAGCGGGAGCUUCUACAGCUGUGGCCUUAAUUUUGGAAAGAAUGUUCCUUUGG